UUGUACGUAUAGCCUGUGUUGGCGUUACGUAAACUCACGUUGGAGUAAACAGCAUAUCGUUACGGAAGGUUUCAGUAUCUCCAGAAAAUAUCAUCAUUGUAAAAUAGAUUAUUGAUCCUAUUUUGAAUGCCAGGAUACAUGUGAAAAUCACCGGCUAUGCGUCCGCUAUUCGGCUACAUAUUCCUGAUAGCGUUGAUUGAGACACCACUCUGUUCAGCAAAAAGAGUUUCUACAAAAAAACUAAAACAGUGUUGUGCUGGAAAGAGUACUAAAGAUUUCUGUGAAUUUCUUGAACUGUCCUGUCCCCCUGGAUAUGUGAUAUACAAACCUGAUGUGUACCCUACCAGUGUGUCUUGUAAAGCUGGGCACGUCUGCUACGGGGUGGAUAUACCAUACACAGAUUUACGCGUCGACAUCUUGAAUUGCUACUGGAAAAGCAAAUGUCUUAUUGAUCUAUCAUCCAUUCAUAGAACGUUUCCUUCUACUAGUUUAAGAACGAAAUGUCCGUCGUCGGAAUGGCAGAACGUCAUGGUGAAGGACUGGAAAUGUGUUCAGAAAGCAGUUGUUUCAGAUAUAUGCGCUGGAAACAAGACGCAUUCAAUCAACAUAGAACAACGCCAUAACCAACCGUCUGGCGUAGUGAGGAGUCACGAACGGUUUCCAUGGGAAUACGGCAAGGACGUCUUUCAUAUCGAGAAUAACCGUUAUGCACCAAGGUGCACCGUGACAUUUAACGGGUAUCUGCAGACCCGGAGAGAUUUCAGCCGCGUUGCUAUCUACGUUGCGUCAUUGGAUAUCGGUGAUGAUUUUAACACUGCAUUCAUUCAAGACGUAGAACUAGAGCAAUCUAUGACUUAUAUUCAUAAUUUCACAACUGGACCCGUCAACAUAACGUUUGGAUUUAAGUUUACAGAUAAUAGCAUAAAAGGUGGUUCUGGUUUCGUGCUUUACUACAAAUUCCUCAAGGUUGGUGAAACUUAUUCAUCGCUGUCUGACUUAGAAGAUGUCAUCAAAACCAAGCAAGGGAUGCAUGCUACGUGCGUUCACAAUCACCAAUACUUCUGUCCUUUCCGUAAAAUGUGUGACAGAAAGAAAUCGAAACUCUUCGUGCCAUCGAACAAUUCCCAUAACUUCUGCACGUAUCGUUCAAUAAAAAAGCCUGGGAAACCUAAACACUGUUUGAAAGAAGAGAAACAUGAUGCAUGCAAAGUACGAAAAACAGCUUUCAAGGGGAGGGUAUGGCGAAUGAUCAUCAAUGGAAACUUCACAGAGAAGUACUUCACAUGCAAGUGGAUGUUCAAGUGUAAGCGUCGUAAAACAUGGAAUAUAACAUUCGUGUCAGACAGUAUCGACAGAAGGUUCGACAACUUCACCGUGAAACAUUUCCGUUGUGAAAACCCUGAUCUGAUGACGUACACAACACUGGUACCUCAGACAACUCCAUACACGAUGGACGAGGGAGACGUUAUCACAGUGGAAUACUCCAGGAUAACUGAUAGGCGCUUUGACAUGGAACCGGACAUUUGGAAACCCCCAAACACUGAUACUGAAAUGAUUUUUGAACGAUCACGGAAAAGAAAAGGGUAAACAUAGCGUACACACGAGAACAAGCACGUAAAUCAGUGUGGCAUGCUUCGGUAUGCAAAUUGCAUUUACAACGACCUAUCUGUCAUUAAAUUUAACUGGUUAUCGGUUCACUACUUUGCUUUUAUCGUCAUUUAAAGGUAAUGACAUGCUACAAAUAUGCGCACUAUGUAAAGACGAUAUGGGGGAGGUGUGCGCACGAUGCAUGUACGAUAUGCACACGAUAAUUUGGCGCGUUGUGCGAUCACACAACUGUCGUAUUUCGUCCAUUACCACUAUACGUUGCGUUGGAUACGGUAAACAUACAAUAAAAUCUACAUGUUGGAAACCACCUGGCCCCGGUUGCCUAACGUUACCCAGUGGAAAUAUCAAAUUGUUAUCAUUCGGAAUCAAAUGAUUUUAAAAUAAAAUAAACCCUUCAAAUAUAUCAAUCUAGUUUGUUUAAAAGGAAACAAAGCAGUAGAAAGAUAUCAGAUGUUCUUGAUUUUCCUGUAUUCAUAUUCAAAAAUGUUCCAUAUCCAGUCGUCAAACCCUAACCAACCUUUAAGCAAGCGUGGCCGGGCGUGAUUUCAUUGGACAGGCCUCACGUAACCUAAUCUGUGCCGUCAUCUCUCAUUGUUUCCGAUAGAUAAUAAUACAGAAAAAAAUGCAGCAAUGGGCUUUAGAGGAAAAUCACUUACUGACAGCCGAACAACCACGAGGGACAGAUCCUGCGCACUUGAAUUUAUUCUUCGAUUAUUAAUGGCAUUAAUGUUAACGUUUAGAAUAUUCUGUUCACGCUCAAUAUCCUUUCCAAAAGGCACAUACAUGUACAUUGUUUUACUGUAUGUUUGAAUGUCAACAAUUUGGUAAUAACGUCACCUCCCAAGAGAGAACAUACAGUAUAAGUUGUACGAAAAAUAUCAUUUAUACUUGCCGUCUUUUUUUU